UGAUGUUAGAAUAUUUUUCAGGGUUAAAAAGACGAUGAUUAAAACAUUUUAAUUGGCAUUUAGUUGAUUCUCAUGAUGAGGAUGACUGUCAAAAAUAAGGAUUUGAAAAAUAAUGACACAUUUGGACCUGAUUCAAAAUGUGAUGGAAACAAAGCUAUUGAAAACUCCUUUGUUAUUUUAAAGGUUACUUAGAAGUUUCUCAUUGUACCUGCCGAGAAGUAAAUUGGACCUAGACAUACUUCUGCUUGAGAAUAUGAAACAAAAGGAAGAACACAUAUGGAUUUAAAAUUAUUGUAUUUAUCACAUUGUUAUCAUUCGAGAAGCACUGGGGAAAAUAGUUUGCUUCGUUAUUCAUCAUAGAGCUACUAAAAAUUGUUUCUGAUGCAGCUAAGAAAAAUGCAGACCAUUAAAAAAGAAGCACCUGUUGACACAAGUAGCAACGUGGACAAAAUCAUGGUACUUAAGUCUACUUUAACAGAUGGGUCUGAAGAUUUGUCUGCAAAUGAAGACAUUCUACUUACUGAAGCAAAUCAUGGAAAGAGCAAAUCUUCAGCAUGCCGGAGAAAGCGAGAAUUCAUUCCAGAUGAAAAGAAAGAUGCUAUGUAUUGGGAAAAAAGGCGGAAAAAUAAUGAAGCUGCCAAAAGAUCUCGUGAAAAACGACGACUGAAUGACCUUGUCUUAGAGAACAAGCUAAUUGCAUUGGGAGAGGAGAAUGCCACUUUAAAAACAGAGCUGCUUUCAUUGAAGUUAAAGUUCGGUUUAAUUAGCUCUGCAGCCUAUGCCCAAGAGAUACAGAAGCUCAGUAGUUCAACAGCAGUGUAUUUCCAAGACUAUCAAACUUCCAAAUCAAAUAUUAACUCAUUUGUGGAUGAGCAUGAACCGUCUAUAGUGGGUAGUAGUUGUAUUUCUGUCAUCAAACACUCUCCACAGAGCUCCUUGUCUGAUGUGUCUGAAAUAUCCUCAGUGGAGCCUACUCCGCCAAAUCAUAUACAGAAUAAUUGUGGAAGUCCUGAAAAUAAAUUUCAAAUUAUAAAGCAGGAGCCUAUGGAAUUGGAGAGAGAGCCAAGAGCCACAGCCAUGUAUCCUAACUACAUGGGAAAUUCCUUUAAUUUGUACUCACAUUCCCCUCCCCUGUUGCAAGUGAAUAGGUCCUCCAGUAAUUCUCCAAGAACUUCAGAAGCUGAUGAUGGUGUUGUUGGGAAGUCAUCAGAUGGAGAAGAUGAGCAGCAGGUUCCCAAAGGUCCAAUCCAUUCCCCAGUUGAACAUAAAAAUAUUCAUGCAACAGUGAAAGUUCCCGAGGUGAACUCUUCUGCGCUGCCUCACAAGCUUCGAAUUAAGGCCAAAGCCAUGCAAAUCAAAGUGGAAGCAAUGGAUAACGAUUAUGAUGCUACACAGAAACUAUCAUCACCUAUUGACAUGUCAUCUAAAAGACAUUUUGAACUUGAAAAACAUAGUGUACAAAAUUUGGUACAUUCUUCUCACACUCCUUUCUCUGUUCAAGUGACUAAUAUCCAAGACUGGUCUCACUGGCAUCAGAAGGAACUGAAUGUAAAAAUUCAGAGUGGUUGCAAAACUGGAGUUGUUGAAAUAAAAGACAAUAUCUACAAUGUCUCUGAGUCAGAGAACCUGUAUUUGAAGCAGGGCAUAGCAAACUUAUCUGCAGAGGUUGCUUCGCUUAAGAGACUUAUAACUACACAACAAAUCUCUGCUUCAGACUCUGGUUAAGUUACUACUGAAUAAAAGCUUAUUGUUUUAAAGGAUGUCAUUUGCAGUAGAUCAAUAUGUUUUGUAUUAUGCUGAAUUUUCACUGGACUUGUGAUGUCAUUUCGACAUAUUUUUCACAUAAUGACUGAUGGAUGGUGUCUUUUUGUGCACAAAUUAUUAUGAAGACUACAUUGUGUUACAGUCACUAUGCCUUGUGUAUAGUCAAGUAGCCUGUACAAAGACUGUAUAUAGUGAACAUUAUUUUCUU